CAGCUUUCAAAAUGGUUCUCUCCAGCUAACAAUCAAAAUAAUCAAAGAAGUAAACUUUUCACCCAAGAAGGCAUAUUUAUGCAAGGCGUAUUUACCGUUAAAUUGUUUAAUUUAAUUUUAGGCUGAUAUAAACCAAAAUGACUAUGUUUAUGCCUCCCAUUCAAAGGAAAAAGAAAGUUGAAGAAAAAUAUAAGUAUGUAAAAUGUAAAUGUAUUACUGGUAUUAGUAUUCAGUAUUCAGUAUUCAGAAUUCAUAUAUUUAUAUUCGUCUAGUCUAAAAAGUCAAAUCUAGUCCUAGGUUUUGCUAAAAGUAUUAGUAGUGUACAGUAGUAGAUUAGUAUUAUAUGUUAUAAGUAGUAUAUAAGUAAUUCACCCAUUUUUAGAUUUAAAAAAUAUGAAUGAAAUGUUUUUCAUGAUAACUGUCAUAAAGUAAAGUAGAGUAUCUCUUUUACUACACUUACUCUUACUCUUAGAUUUAGAUGACUUCCCUUAUUCUUAACUUAGACCUAGUACUUAAUGUGUUAUUCCCGAAUUUUAUAUCCACUUCAUUCAUAAAAAACACUUCACUUGUGUAACUUGGAGAUUAUCCCCUUUUGUUACAAGUCCAAGUACUACACUUACACCGUACAAGUUAUAGAGAAAUGACUAUGACUGUACUAGUACUCAUUACUAGGAUAAUAAAAUAAAGGAAAACAUUAUAAAAACAAGAUUUAAAAUGGAGUAAAUGAUUGUUAAGUGCAAUGUAAAUAUCUAUUAUACUAAUACUUAAAUUAUUAAUUUUUGGGCACCAAAUUUGGGAUUUUCUAAGGCCUAACUGUAUGACCCCGUUUGCCAGUUAUCAUUGGCAUCAAUUUUUUUAACAAUUCCAUUGAGAAUUUUUUCAUUCCAUACUUUUUUUUAAAGCAUAGUUUUAGUAGUCAUUUGUCUAGAUAUCCGUUAUUUUAAAAAAAAAUUUAAUUUUAAAACCAGAAUUAUAUUUAUAUAAAAACUUAAAACUGUAAAGAUUAAUUUAAAUAUAAAGAUGGAGACAAGAAAAUAAUGAAGUAGGGAGGUCAUGCUUUUAGAAAUUAAGGACAAUAUUACAGUUUAAAAAGUCACUCAAAAAAUAAAUUUGAUAUAUAUUGCACAAGAUUUCUCAAGGCAGUCCAAAAUUUUUUGUGCUACCCUAUAUAUAAAUAAUUAUAAAAAGUGUUGGACUGCGAUAAAACUGUAAAAUAGAUUAAAUAGACACCAACAAUUUGUGUCAAUAUAACAAUAUAAGGAAAGCUUUAACAAUAAUUUUACAGAAUACAAAAACAUACGUUUCGGCACAUGGCUUCAUCAGUACACCAAAUAGACAAAUAAGUAUAAAUUAAAUUUAAAUAAUAUAUAUAUAUACAGAUCCUACCUAAAAAGGGGAGAAAUAUAGGAGUGGGCGAAAAAAUCAGGCAGAAACAAAGUAAAGAAAAGUGGAAAGGAAGUGAUUUGAACCAUAUUGUAAAAACCAAACAGGAACAAGACAUGGCAGCUAGGUAUAAUUGUGGAUUUGUUUUAUUCCAUAUGGAGACAAUGUACCAAAUAGUGUUAUUAAUUUAUUCUCCAUAUAAAUUCUAUCUGUUAUGUUAUUAGUAUAUAAUAUACCAGUAACUGUGAUGUCUGAGGUUAGGGCUAUUGAAAUGUUUGGAGACCGGACAGAGAGCUUGUUUAUUUAUGUUAUAGAGGUGUUCUCUGAAUCGGUCUCCAAGGCGACGACCUGUCUCUCCUAUGUAUGCUUUACCGCACUUUUUGCAAAUGAUGGUGUAAAUGAUGUUGCUAAAGCCAUCUUUUAUUCUGAAUAUUUCAAAAGGGAAAGUAAUCCUAUCAACUUCAAUUACAUUGGGACAUGUGUUGCUACUGUUGCAACUUUUGGUGCCUUUAUGAGCUUGAUAGCAGGGAGGUGGCUUCUAACUAGCAUGUCCCUAAGGCUCUUGUCCCUCGGGAAAGCGGAAAGAGGAGGUUUUCUGAAAACCUCAUUGGUGACCAGGUCUGCCAUAAGUCAAGUGCCCCCCCCCCUAACCGAUCAAAAAUAUGUACAAUUUUAAAAAAAAUAUUUUAUUUAACAAACUACCAAAUAGUAAUUUUGAAGCAAUUUUAUAAAGAAUAUUAGCUAGUGUCAUUAACUGAUUACAAUUAAAGGAAUAAAUGAAAUAUUACUACGCUCGAUAUAUUUUAUAUUCCGCAUAUUUCAGGCCAAUGUUCUUAGAAGGUUACGUUUUUCUAUUAUAAAUAUCGCUAUGUUUAGAAAAUUUGCCACACCCAAUUAUGAGCUGAAGAUUUGCUUCCUGUUAUUCGCAUUUAUCUUUAUUUUUUAUUUAAUUAUUUUUUGCCAGCUCACAAGUUUAAACACUUUUAUAAUACUGUAUUAAACUACAUUUGCUUCAGUUUUAAGGUAAUUUUAAAAGGGUUCUCACUAAGUAUCAAACGUGAGCAAUCUUUUCAUGUUUUCAAACUAUAUGUUAAAAUAAAAGCAUGGCUUUUUAAGUAGGGAAUUGUGUUAAUUAUAAAUUGAAUGAUGGCAUCAUGCUUUAAAAAAUUUUGUUACUUUAUUAUCAGUGUUUCUUUCAGCUAUCUCUCUGGGAGGGAACUGCCAUGCCCCCCCCCAACCCCCAAGCAGGAGUACAAUGUGUACAACAAUAUAAAAAAAUAUACUUAUUAAAAAUGACAAAAUUGUCAUUUUUAAGCUGUUUUAGAAAGCAUAGUAACUGGUGUCUUUAACCGAUUACAAUUAGUGGAAUUUACAAAAUAUUGCUAGGCUCGAUAUAUUUGAUGCCGCCAAUGUUUAAGGCUAAUCAAGUUGUAGUGUUCGGUUAUAAAUAUCGUACUGACAGCUCCUGUCUUACUUUUGUUUACUCCUGUUGGCAUAUAUCGCUAUUUUUAUUUAUUUAUUUUUUGCAACUUCACAAGUGUAAAGACUUUAAUGACACCAUAUUAAAAUACAUUUACAUAUUGAUAAAGUUCUACAAUUUUUAUAAUAGUUAGUCAAGUAUCAAACAUGUGCAAUCUGUUUUCAAAUUAUAGUUAUUCAUAAAAGCAUGACUAUUAAAAUAGGGAUAGGUGUUAAUUAUAGAUUGUAUGAUGGCAUCAUGCUUUUUUUUUCUAAUUAAGAAUUUAAAGGUCACCACUAAAUAGUGCACAUUUUAUCAGUUAUUAUUAAAUCAAAAGGUCUUUUAUUUUCUUUAAAUGCAUUACUUUUGUUUCAUAGUUUCCUGAAUAACAGAUUUGUAUAAAAGAAUACUUAGCCUAUAUUUAUUAUUAUUAACUUCUAAACUACUUUUAUCUUUUUAAUAUCAGAUUAAUAAACAAACUGCCCCAUCCAUUUGGAUCGCACUCAUUUUUUAUAUCAUUAAUUUUAUUUUAGACUAGCCAAUAUACCCGGCAUUGCACGGGAUUGCAUUAGGACCCCAUCCUUGUGUGACCCCAUUCCGAUUGGAACCCUAAUCCCAUUCUGACACCGAUCCCGUCGCAGUCCCGUCUCCCGGUUUUAUCCCAAUCCCGGUGGAUCUAUUCAAGUUUGGGAUCCCAAUCCAGGUGGGAUCCCGAUCCAGGUGGAAUCCCAUUUUCUGGUGGGAUCCUGAUACCUUUGGGAUAAAGAUUAUGAUGGGAUCCCAACCCUUUUGGGAUCCCGUAUCAAAAAAUUACUCAAUAAUCUAGAUUAAAUUUAAUAACCUGCUCAAAAUGUGUAAAAACUACUUUUCUAAUUAUAUUUUAAAUACCAUAAAAAUCUUCAACAAAUGCCAUAAUUAUACUCCUUUUUCUUUUAAAGUUAAUCACGGGGCCCUGGGGGGGUCCAUUCCAUAACUGUACCGAUUUAGUUAUGCCUGAGAUAGGGGCCCUACAAAUAUCAGACGGAUAAAUAAUAGAGUUAAAUUUAAAAUUGGUUCCAUUAAAAUCUACUAAAAAUUGCCAUAGAUAUAGCUUUUUUAAAAUGAUCGAAACUUUCUGGAAAAUUCUAGAAUGGAUAUUAUUCGUUUUAAACCCACCGAUAUAUCAAUACAGACAAUGAAGGGUAUUGCUACAACGCUAGGCGUAUAUCCAUCAAUUCGUAUAGAAACUUUAGUGUUGUCUAAGCCUAAUGAUAUUCAUAUUCAUAUAGCUUAGAUAAGGAAAAAUGAACUGGGCCCCCCGGCCCCAGAGAAAUGGAUACUAUGAGUUCAGUACCCUUCAGUAUUUGAAUUUGGAUCAUAAAGUUUAUGUGUACAAGUUUGGUCAAGAUCCAUCCACUCAUGUAGGAGUAUUUGUUUCUAAUUAUUUUUUAUAUAGCUCAUAUAAGGAAAAAAACGAAUUCGGGGCACCCGGCCCCAAACGGAAUGUUAUAAAAAGUUCAUAACCCCUUAAGAUUUCCUUUUGGAUAAUGAUGGAUAUAUGUGCCAAGUUUAGUCAAGAUCCAUUAAUCCCUGUAAAAGCCUUUGUGGAACAAACAAAUCCCGCCACAAAUAAACAUUCACUUUUAUAUAUAUAUAUAUAUAUGAUAUGAUGAGAGUCCAGUAGAAAGCUAAGAAAAAAGUUUUUGUGAACUAGCACUUCGCUUAUCAUGCCAAUUCCAUUUUUUGGUACGUGUUUUAAAAAAAAAUAUUUUUCCUAAUUCAUCAGUUAAAAAUAGAUUCUGUGGAUUUAGUUUAAAAUAUUUUAAAGUAUAGCGAAUGGGCAAUUUAAGAAAUUUAUAGCAGUUUGAAAUUCCAAAUAAAAAUUCCAAUCUACUGAAUAUUGGAAAUUUAUACUUUAUUUGCAUACGAUUUUCCUUAGAUAAAUUCACACAUUAAUAAAUAUUAUGUCUUUUGUAAACAACUGAUGUCUUCUUAAAAUAUUUAUGCCGUUCAUAUACAAUUUAUAAAAAUGACCAGUUUUCAAAACCCAUACAAAUGUAUAGACCUUUCUAAUUAACCUUUUUUUUUCUUUUUGACUCUGGUAAAAUUAGGAAAUAUUUAGAAAAAUUAGUCUAAGCAUUAUAAUUAUAAGUAAGUUUUUUUUUCCAUUAGCGUUAAGCACAUAAAAUAAUGUUUUCAGUGGUUUUUAGUGAUGGAACCCUUUUUAAAUAUUAUUUUUAAAAUUAAUUUAUUAAUAAAGUAGUUAUCCGCGAAAAUAAUGUAAAUAAAAAAUAAAAGCCACAUUACAAUUUUUACUAAUGUUAAUUUUUUUUGUGUGCACAACACAGGCAGGUCAAAGUACUUUUCGGCCCCCCCCCCCCCCCAACCCUGCAAUGAAAGAUGAUAAGUAUGAAAAGUUUUCACAUCACAUCUUUAAACCCCUCAAAAUAUCCGAGGCACCCUGCAGUUGUAGGGGUUGCUAGUUCUAAGGUUAGGUGACACCUUCACUUCUUAACUAGGAUCUCUUCCAUUCCUCUCCAAUUAAAUGUAGACUGUUGCAAAACUAAAUUAAGAUGUGAUAAAAUGCAUUCUUAUAUUUUAAAUGGAUCAAAACUUUUCUGGAGACUAUAAUGAUUUAAGGGGCGAGAAUGAUCUGGGGCAAAAGCUUACCCUCAGGAGUGACACAACUAGAGAGAAUUUAGUUUACGUCCCACUGGUGCGGAAUUUAAGAUAUCUUUAGUCAUUUUGAUGGCAAAUUUUUGCGCUUCCCUCCCAAAAGUUUGAAAUGCCACCUAAAAAUUGUCUGUAAUAUACAACAAAUUCAAGUAUGCGCCAAAAAAAUGCACCCUUGCAUUUUGAGUUUGCCGACUGUCUUUAGCACCCUAAAUUUAUGCAUCCAUUCCCUUACGCUGAUCAAUGUUACAGUAUGGGGUUGAUUAUAAGCUUGUGCCAAAUGAUUACCCUGGAGCACGCCAAGAAUGGAGUGAAGUCAGUUUAUGUAUGACAAUGGGCGCCAAGACGCCUCCCACAAAACCUUAAAAAUGUUCCUCCCUGUUCAAAAAGUAUAAUAGAAACAUUGAAUUCGGGUAUACUUAAAAAUACACCUAUUGGUUUCAACCUCUCCACCAAUCAAGAUUCACCGGCACCCUAGAUUUCUGCCCAGUUCCCGAUGAUAAUGAUCGCCGAGUUUUGUAUCGAUAGAUACACUGCUUAGUGGCGUAGCUACUAUUAGGGCUGCCAUGAGCGGCCAAAUAAUUUUGCCAUCCUCACUUUCACGAUUAAAACUCUGCAGUUGUCAAAAAAUACCACACAAGCAUAUUGUAAAGAAAAAGUGACACCUUUGUAGACCACUCCAUCCGCCCUAUUUCGACGCCACUAGCAGGGGUGUAUCUACAGUGUUUGACGUUAGGAGACAAGAUUCAUUUCUACGCCCCCUCCCACCAACUCUGAAACCCAUUAUUUUCAGCCAUUAAAUAUCAUAAAAGUCGGUUCCCCCCCCUCCCCCAAUACCCCACCAGUCUUCCGCCCUGGGUCGUACGUCCCAUCUGCCACCCCUUAGCUAUGCCACUGGCACUGCCCCCCCAAAAAUCUGAAGUGCCCCCCCCCGGGUAAAUUUCUGAAAGAAACACUUGUUUCUCUUGCUGUCCAUUCAGAUAUUACAUUACAGUUAUUAUGUGUUACUUUUAUUUGAUUCUGUUUUUACUGGUAUUUGUUCACUGAUGAAGGCUUCUUGCUAAAAUGUUCAUUGUUUUGUUGCAUUCUUUUUUUUCCAGGUUUUCCCAUACUUUGUUUUGCUUGUUUCCUUCAUUUCAGGAUCAGUCUCAUAAGGCAUUUGAUUAAGUAUCAAUAGCUACUCCAUCAUCUCGUGUAGACAGAAGUAUGCCAUAUGUAUAUAUUAUUAUAUUAUAUUAUAUAUAUAUAUAUAUAUUUUUUAAUAUUUUUUUUUUCUGUAGAUUUUGAUUCAAAAACAAAUUAUUAUUUUCCACUUAAGUCCAGAUACAUUUCGAGUCAUAAGUGAUAAUGCUGAAUCUGAUCACACAAAGUACAGAGCUCUUCCUUAUAGAGCAUCUUUUGAGCCCCAUUCUCCAUUACAAAACUCCACACAAUUCAACAGCUGGGGAAGAAAUGAUAUCUCACUUCCUUUAAGAUCAACUCGAGUCCUGCCUCAGCCUUUACCAGACUAUCGCAGACACAACCCUCAAUCUAGAUCUUGUGGAUUUCUUGACAAAAAUGUCAGGCUCCUAUGUGAACCUGUUUGUAAUGUAAGAAACCUCUGGAAUCUUUAUUAUACAAUUUUUUUUUAAAAUUAUAAAGAACGUCUUCUGAAAAUAAGCUGAGCACUAUUUAAGUAUUUACUCAAUGAAUUUGAUUUGAAAUUUGUUUUCUAACAAUAAGGAAAGAUUUUUAUUUACAUUUUUUGGUUGCAUGAAUAUUUUAAAUCACAUUCUCUUUUGCCUGGUGUGCCCUAUCAAAGCAUGUAGUUGGUGUAUUAAGUGUGUUAUGUUAUUUGCAGGUGCAUACAACUGAAGUGCAAUAUGAGGAAGGAAAAUGGUGGCCUGCACGAGCUAAUCCUGGAAACCUGAUUGUCCCCCCUUAUGCAGAGGAUACACAAUACAGAAUUGAUUACAAUUAUAGACGUGGAGAAAACCCAAAGGGCUGUGGAAGACAUACUGCAAAUAUUAACCGGGAACCAGCUUUAGGGGCUAGUGAGUUCAAUUACUAUAUUAGAAUUCUAGCGGAAUAGCAGUACUUCACUACAAUUUUUGAGUCAAUUAUUAAUAUAAUAGUACCUGGUAUGUAGUUUUAUUGAAGUUUUCUUUCCAUGAAUCGGUAAGAUUAAAAGUCUGAAGCUGAAAUUUUCUUAAGAAUGGCUUUAAAGUUGGGAUGUAGCUGAGGGAUGCCUAUGCAGUAACAAUCUUCUCCAUGUCAGGAUAUUAAGAGGGUACUGGGGAGCAUCAUAAGCACAAUGAGAUUCCCCGAUCUGCAUCAACUUAUUGUCUCUGCUUUAACGCAUCAAUGACCCUAUGUCCAACUGCAGGUAUUUUUUCUGCAUGAAUCACAACAUUAAACUCCUGUCCUUCCGGAACGUUUUCUGUUAUUGUUUUAAAGUCUUUACAGUAUGGAUUGUACUCAUGCAACAUUUUUUAAAGUUUAUGACUUUAAAUUACUGGACUUUACAACAGGAAAGAGGUUAGAAAAAAAUUGUAUACCUCUUUUUCAUCACUGCCAACAAAAUCUAUUUGUAAACAUGAGGGAUUUUUUUGGCAACACUUCCUCUGUGAUAAACUUUACUUAGAACUUGAACCUUAAAAGUGGGCAUAAAGUUUCCUUUGUACAUUCCCUGAACUUCGAAAGGUGUGAACUGAAAACAUCCAAUAUAUUUUAUGUUUGUCAAAAAAGUAAUGCUGAGAUUCUGUCAUUCAUGAAUUUCACUCCAGCAACUUUAAAAUUCUACCAUUGAGCUUUGUUUAUUGUCAUGGCGAAGCAGAUUUGUCAGGAAAUUUCAAUCACUCUAACUGUAAGAGAUGGAGGGAAUCAUGGAAAUUCCGGUUUUUAAAAACUGUUUAUCCCGCACCACAGCUUGUGGAGAUGGUUGCUUCAAUGGCAUUUUUAUGUAAGGUUUGAACCUGCAGCCUUGAGCCAUUACAAAAUUUAGUGGGGUGUUUAUCAGAUUUCGCAGCAACAUGAGUGCGAUUUUUCAGACAAAAAUUAUGUGGUGAAAUCCUUAAAGUGUGAAUAACCUCUACUGGAUUGUGAAUCACAUCCUCUAUCCCAACCACAGAGUCCACAGCUGAUAUCUCACCAUCUCAGUAUGAAGUUGUCAAAUAGAGUAAUUUAUGCUUUUUGUUAUGUUGUUUUGAGGUGUAUGCCAUAUCAAAUUAUCUGUGAGUAAAUUUCUCAAAUAUGAAGACCUGAAUAUCUUUUCACCCAUUGUCUUUAGAUCUUUAAAAACUUCACUGAGAUUACCCGGAAUGUAUCCCUUGUCGUUACCUUUGUUGAAAUGCCCAUAUAUGAUUUGGAGAUGGAAGUUUGAGAACGCCUCUGUCUUUAGAUCACUUUUGAGAUGAACCCUCAUUUUAACUUGCAAGGAUCAGACUUAGAAUUUAGACCAUAGGUGGGAUGACUUAAAUAGGUUUUAACUUUAUCAUUAUCAGCACGCAUUCCUCAAGAAAGGUGAUAGUGUCUGCCUAAGGUCAUCCAACAGUAUCAUAAUAAUCACACCCAUAAGGCAUUUACUUCUUAAUAUGUCCGGAAGGAUUCUGUCCAAAGCUCUAUUUUGAGCCAUGGUGCCCUCAUAUUAAAAAUCCAUAUUGUACUCCCAAAGUUUCUGAGCUGUAUUACACUAUUUUGAAAUGUUGCACAAAGUAGUCUCAGAGUGAUUUAAGGUGAGAGGCAAAUUGAAGGCAGAGUUAGCUGUCUUUCCGCCAUUCAGAAAUCAAUAUUUUCUAUCCAUUUCUUGUGCUAUGAAGCAAAAGAUUAGUUACUGCGAACCAUUCAUUGAAAAUAAAUUAUGGUCAAAUCUCACGUUUUUCAACAAAAAUCACUUGAUAGAAACCCAUAGCCAGUUCGCUGUGUCCUUUCUAAUUAUUCUUAUUUCAUUUAAGUUUGAGUGUAUCAUCUUUCAUGUUACCAAGUUUUAAGAAUGUCUAAAAUUGCUUAACUAAUUAAUUUCUAUUUUCACUGUCAGGGGUAUUUUUAAGAACUCUUGAUUUUUCUAUGACCAUGACCAUUUCAGCAAUUAUGUUGUCACCCUUUUCCUCCUUACAAUAGUCUCACUUAAGUGUGAAUUAAUUAACAUUUGUAAGACUUAUUAUCGGUAUUUGAUAAUUAGCAUGCACACCUUUAAAAAUUUCAAAUACCUACAAUUAAAAUGAAAAUGAAAGCAAUAAAAUUCUAAUUUUGAAAUAACAUGACCAACUAAUACCUAUUAUCUUUUUCAAAUUCAACAGAAUGAUCAAACAUAAUUCAAAUAUAAUAGUUUCUACAUUUAAUGGUGAAAUUUAAACCUUAGAGAUGUGGUUUAAGAACUUAAAAUACUAGAAAUAACCAUGGAAAACAUGGAGGGCUCCCCUUAGCCCAGACCACUACCAUACUUUCUCUCUGGAGCCUUCAAGACUAUCGCUUUCUGUUCCCCUACCCACACAUCCCUCCCCACACCUCCCCUUUCAAAUUUUACUAGAAAUUAACAAAUCAUUAUUAUUUUUAUUUUAUAUUUUUUUUACAUAGAAAAUGCAAAAACAUUUCUAAAUUUUCUUAGUACCUGUCAAUCUUCUGAAAGAAAGAGAUGGGUCUCAAAGACUCUACAAGGAAGGUUUAUCCUUUGAACACCAGUAUAACAGCCGAAAGGAUCCUAAUUAUCCUAUUCGAGGAAAGGUAUAACUUGAUGUUUUAUUUGUUUUUGAAAAAGUAGUGGUUCGGUAAUACAUUUAAAUAUGUCAAAGUCUCUUAUUUCAAUGCAUGAUGUCCUUACAAUACAACGAAUAAGAUUUAAUAAGCCAUUAAAGUAUACAGCAGGUUUAUCAAUUAACAAUGAAAAGAGAAAUUUAAAAAAAAAAUAAGGACAAGUCUUUUAAAAUUUCAUAAAUUUUUGUCUUAUUUUUAAAAAAUAACUUUUUUCUCACAGCGUCAUGGAGCUUUUGUAUGGGACCGCAUGGAUCCUCUGAGCCAGAAGAAGUUUAUAGAUUAUUAUAGAAGAUUAGAAGAAGAGGAAAGAAGGGCCCAGGAAGCUGGUGAAGAGGGUCCAUUAAAAACUUGCAGUGCUCCAGUUAUUAGAAGUUCAAAUCAUAAAGAUUUUACUCCAAAGAAGAAACCGGUGUAUGUUUUCAAGAGACGAGGCAGCAACAUUCUGAAAUGGGAGGACUGUCAAAAUGCUGUACCUUCUACACCACAUACAAAUGUAUCUGUUGAAAACAAACGAAAAGAUCAGAAAGUCACUCACAGUUUAGAUAAACUUACUGCGAGUAAUCUUCCAGAUUUCAUUGAACAUAAUACUACUGAUACCAAAGAGACAAAACCAGAAUAUAGUCAAGAUUUAACUGAAUGAAUAAAAUGUGGAAAUAUUUUAAGCACCAUAAAACAUGAUGUUUUAAGCCUUUAUAUAAAUACCUGUUAAAAUAUUCAAAUUUUAAGGAAUUUAAUCAUUCAAAUUCAGCAUAACUUUACACAAAAAAAAUCAUCAUUCUAAAUUACAUGUACUUGUAAAUUGUCACUAUAUAAUUAAGGAAACAUUUGGUGGUCACCAGAAAUAAGAAAUGUUUCACUGGUCAAGAUUACCUAGCAGGUGGGAGUUUAAUUAAAUUCACCCAUACCAUGCAACUAAGUAAAUGGUUCAUUAACUACUUACCAGUGCUCAAUGUUAUAUCUAAUAGAAUUAUGCUCAUAAAUUCUUGCUACACAGAUAUAUAUCCCUCAUAAAUUAUAGUUUACUUGUCAAAUAUCUAAAAUAUUGAAGAUAAUCAUAAAUGAGCUUUAUUUGUUGAUAAUGGAAUGUGAUAAUGUUAUAAAAGCACAACAGUUCUGUUUGUGUGAAAGCAACUAAAGUAUUAGUAUUUGCAACAGUAUGUACUUUCAAAGGAUCUAUCAUCUAUAUUUUCAAAUGUCUUUCAUAAGAUUGUGCCAUGUCUUUCUGAAAUUAGAUUUUUUUCCCAAGAGUUAUGUAUCUCUUUUAAGUAAUUAUUUUAUUUUUAAGGCUUAGGUAAAGUAGUGUUUAUUUUAAUAGAAUUAUUCAAAUUCAAGUUUCAUAUAUAUUGCGUUUAUAUAUUUUGAUCAAUAUAUUUACGAAAUAUUAAAAUUUUAAAAAGUACAUUUCAAUAAACUAUCGCCUAUAUAAAAAGAUAAAAUCCCCUUCCCGUUAAUUCUGUAUUUGUUUCAGAUAAACUAAUAAUUUGUUGACAUUAUCAUCUCCUCGUUUGUAGCUAGUUUUAUUUUUUAUUUCAAUAUUAAUUUCUAAAAAAAAUGUAUAUUUAUUUCAGUCUUUAUUACUAUGUACCGUAUUAGCUUUUUAAUCUUCAUGUUGAUUAAUAUUUUGUCUGCGUAGAGAUCUGAUAUAAAUUAGUUAAAUAGCCCAAUAAAAAUAGAUUUACUUUUAUAAAUUAUGAAAAUACCAUGUAGUAUUACU